UACUGCCGCCUCCGCCUGUUCUCUUGCUCUGCUAACCAUUGCGGGCAACAGAAGAAGGCAUGAAGAUAUUAUGGAAUAGUACUAACAAUAGUAAUAAUGUACUACUUAUAACAUUGCUCAUUGUAUUGGCAUCAUUUUGUCAUGCCCAAGACUACGACGACGAAACCACCACCCCGGCUGCCCCGCCACCGGCAUUAGACAACUGCAAUGGGAUCUUUCUUUCCUAUACAUUCAUUUCUAGGGAGAAAGAGUUUCCACAUGUUAAAAACGCGACCGCGCAAGCGUGGGCGUUUAAGGCUACAGCAUCAAUUCUCAAUGCAGGACAAGAUGAGUUGAAGGCGUGGAAGAUGUUUGUGGGGUUCCAGCGCAAAGAGAUCCUGGUUUCCGCCACCGGGGCAGUGAUUGUUGAUGGCGGUGACUUCCCUGCCGCGGUUGGGAAUGGUACUACAUUUGCAGGAGAUGCAAUGCCUGACUUGAAAACAUCUAUUGAUACAGCUGGAGAUAUGAACCAGAUUGCAGUGAACAUUGAAAUUACUGGUACACAGUUUGGUAUCAAGCCUCCUGGUGUUCCUAUGCCUAAGACAAUCAAGCUUGUCAACGAUGGAUAUAUGUGUCCUGCACCAACCAAAGAAGGGAAAACUGGUAUGCACGUAUGCUGCAAAAGGAAUCCGAAAUUCAAGCUGAAACUGGUGAAGAAAACCCGGUUCCAUCCUCGUCUAAAUGGUGAUCUAUCAAUGAUAUAUGAUGUCCUGCAAUCCUAUGAAGGAAGCUACCAAGCUCAAGUCACCAUUGACAACAACCACCCAUUAGGCCGCCUUGAUCACUGGAACUUAACAUGGGAAUGGAUGCAUGGAGAGUUCAUUUACGACAUGAAGGGCGCGUACACCCACAAGAGAGACUACUCUGAGUGCCUCUACGGUCCAGCGGGAAAAAACUACAAGGAUUUCGACUUCUCUAAUGUCAUGAACUGCGAAAAAAGACCGGUGAUGUCUGAUUUGCCUGCUGAUAGAGCCAAUGACAGCAAAGUAGGAAAAUUGCCUUAUUGUUGUAGAAAUGGCACAAUCUUGCCUACUUUGAUGGAUGAAACUCAAGCGAGGUCGAUAUUUCAAUUAAGGGUCUAUAAAAUGCCUCCCAAUCUGAACAGAACAGCUCUGGAGCCACCCCAUCAUUGGAAAAUUGAUGGAGUACUGAAUCCUCAGUACAAAUGUGGACCUCCAGUAAGAGUAGAUCCUACAGAAUUUCCGGACCCGAGCGGGCUUCAGGCUAUAAGCACAGCUGCAGCUAGUUGGCAAGUUGUAUGCAACAUUACAAGACCAAAGGAUAGAGCAUCAAGGUGCUGUGUAUCCUUCUCUGCUUACUACAAUGAAUCUGCCAUUCCUUGCCCUACUUGUGCUUGUGGUUGCAAUGAGGACACCAAAUGUAACCCCAAUGCAGCUGCAAUGUUUCUCCCACCGGAUGCCUUGCUCGUCCCGUUUGUCAACCGGACGGAGAAAGCCAAAGCUUGGGCUAGGCUCAAGCACAGGCCUAUACCAAAACAAUUACCAUGUCCAGAUAAUUGUGGAGUCAGCGUAAACUGGCACAUAAAUUCUGAUUACAAGAGUGGAUGGACAGCAAGAAUUACACUAUUCAAUUGGGCAGAACAGCCUUUUGAGGAUUGGUUUGCAGCAUUUCAGCUAAAGAAGGCCGUGCCGGGAUACGAAAAUGUGUACUCCUUCAAUGGUACAAAAUUGCCAGGCAACAAUACCAUUUUUGUUCAAGGCCUGAAAGGGUUGAAUUUCUUGAUGGGAGAGAUCAAUGGGACUAAUCCUGAUAAGGAUCCAAGAGUGCCUGGAAAGCAGCAAUCAGUGAUGUCUUUCACCAAGAAAAAGACUCUCGGAAUCAACAUCGCUCACGGCCAUGGCUUCCCUACAAAGGUCUAUUUCAAUGGUGAAGAGUGUGCAGUCCCUAAGGAAUUUCCCAGGAAAAGUGCAGCAGCUCAUCAGUCUGGUGUCCAAUUCUUGCCUGUUCUGAUCAUUGCUAUCGUUACCUUCGUGCUUAUGGCAGACCGUUUUCAUUGAUGAUCAUCGUGGUUCUAGUCAGUAUAUUUUAGGGGAUUAGCUUUGCUAACAAUUAAAUCAUUGCCCUUGUGAUAAGCUAAUUUGGCAUGGCUGCAUACAUACUUGUACAAUAUCUGCACACUCCUUUGUUUAAUUUUUUUGGCGAUCGAGGAACCACCCCAGUCAGCUGACAACUGAGUGGGCGUAAACCUUGGGUCGCUAGAACAGCCCAUACCACACUGAUGAUGAGAAAUAUUGGACCAAAACCCAUGCGGAAGAAAUUGGACUCUUGGCCCCUCUCCAGAAAUGGGCAGGCCAACGUAACCAGAAAAAACCUAGGGAAAUACUCUCAGUUGGUUUGAACUCUUGACCUUAGCGUCAUCCACCUUAAACCCUGAGAAAUAACCAACUGACCUAUUGUUUAACUUUAUUGCUAAUAUCAGAUUGUUAUGUCUCAGCAGGGGAAGAGCUUUAUGACUUGGGUGGGUGUAGAAAAUGGAGAAAUGAAGAAACGAAGAAACAAAUGCCUGUGUUUUAGUACUACUCUAAGUUGAACACUCAAAAGGAAGAUGCAGAGAUUGUAACAACUAACAAAUUCAUUAUCAUGAUUUUUAUGAAGUUUCAAUUACUAGUAGAGUGUCUUCUCGGCUUCUCCAUGGAUUUUUUUCUAUAAAACUGCAAUUUCAAGAUUAAAGAGUUCACUGAAGUGGUUAUGGCAGCAAUUAUGAACCCCAAUUAGGAAAUUCGAUAUGGACCUAACUAUGGCUGUCAUGCUGCGCACACAGAAGUUAUCGAUAACUAAGAAUCGAACUUAGACCUCUCGAAUCCAUAUGCCUUUGCCCAUUCACCAAUUAGUGCUAUCAUCCAAGUGGUGAUCCAAUAAUUUCUACAUUGUAGUGAAACAACUUAACCCUUACAUUGCGAUUCCUAGUCAUGAAAAAACACAAGAUGCAGUUAGGAGAACAGAAAGCAAAUGGACAUAUCAUUUACAAGAAUCUAUAUCGGCACAUUUUAUAUUGAAUAAAGUCUGUGUACAUCCUAG